CUCAGGAGGGCUGGCUUCUCUUGAGCAGCUCCAGCCUCUUGUGGCUUCUGUGGACCUCAGAGCCAGCUGCAGAGGGCAGGCCCGUGGGGCCCUUGCCCCACAGCAUCAUGAUGGGAAAACUCCCUCUCGGGGUUGUCUCUCCUUAUGUGAAGAUGAGUUCAGGGGGAUGUUCUGAUCCUCUGAAGUUUUAUGCUACCAGCUAUUGCACAGCCUAUGGUCGAGAGGAGUUCAAGCCCCGCAUGGGAUGCCAUGUAGGCACAGGCUACAAAUCCAACUAUCGGCCCAUGGUUUACAAACCCCACCUGGACAGCCUGGACAAUCCUGCCAUGGGGGAACAAAUCCAUGACACUUCCAAGUCUGUGGCCAGUCAGAGCUAUUGUCCCUUAGAAGGGCCUGACAGCAAGCAGCCCCUGCCCAGGAACCUGUACCAGACCACCUCUGGCUAUGCACGAGAAAAGUUCAACACUGGGCCCCUUUCCAAGGAGGUCAGGAAGGUCCACUUCGACACCCAGGAUCACGGGCCUCAGACCAUCACAGGACUGGAGCCCAAGGAGGUGCCCCUGCUCCACCAGCAGCAGGGCAAGGGCUCUAUGGAGUGGGAGAACUCGCACUAUGGCCCACGCUUCAUGUCCUCUGAGUACAAUUCCAAGUAUAUCAAGGAGACUCCAAACCACCCAGAUCCCUUGCUCAAGAAGACAAUUGGUGUGAGAGAAGAGUCUGGCUUCACAGAAGAGACUAGCAAGAAUCCCAUUGUCUUUCAGCCACCCUCACAGGCACUGGCCGGGGAACCUGCCCUCCAUCCAGGACGGAGCGUCACCAAGUCAGACUACCUCCCUGUAAAUCACCCUCAGGGAAACGAGUUCCUCCCUGUGCUGACCAGAGGCUCUGAUCGGGACACAGGAUACAGCCGAGUGAAUGAAAGGACCUUGAGCUCCAGAAUGCCUGCUCCAAGCCCACAGCCGGCCACCAUGAGCCACAGGUCCUACCAGCCACCCCAGCGGAUGCAACAGACAAACGUUGCUCUGCUCGGCAGGGAGUCUAUAGGGAACAAGGAGCCCACAGGGUUCACUCUUAACAACCCCAGCUAUUUCCGGAGCUCCUUUGAUCCCGACAGAGAUCAGCGGUACCUGACUACCUACAACCAAGGGUACUUUGAUAACGUGCCCAAGGGGCUAGAACGGGAAGGCUGGACUCGAGGUGGCAUCCAGCCCCAGAAACCAGGAGGUUACGCCCUCAGUGAGUCCAUUAACCGCAUGGAGAACACCCCCAGCCCCGCAGAGACCCUGCGGCACCUGCACCCCCAUGUGGGAAGAACCUUGACUUCAGUUGACCCCUUCUAUCAAACUCAUAACAACCGCUAAAUGGCUUCCAGCUGAGUCUGGAAGGUUGGCCGUGAUGGGACAAGUUGUGUUUCCUAUGCUUUGAAAGAUUUCCCCAGUUACUUUACUAAGGAAAUAAAGAACGCUGA